AUGAAAGAUGGGGCGGAGAGGAGCUGUUGUUCGGCCUCCGUGCUCCAGGCUCUUCCAUCCAGCCCGUCUGCUAGAAGAUUCCCCGAAUAUCCAGAAGAUCAUGGGAUCCCCAUUUACCACAACGAUUUAAACGUACCUCCUACAGGAGACAACAAGAGAAAGUCAGAAACCGAAUUGAGUAACCAGAAAUCUGGAGAGUCUUUAAUCCACAAAGAAUGCAUUGUGACUGUGAAGCACAGUCAGGACAAGCUGGAAAUUCUCUCCAAGGACUUUGAAGAGCUUGAGACACUUUUUGAUAUUGUCUAUAUAGACCUUCAUGGUAUUUUUAAAUGGAUGUUUUACAACUACAACAACAAAGACCAACGUAAAAAUAUCAAUGAGAUCGAUGAUAUUCAGAAUUUUUUCAAAACUUCAAGAGACAGAUUAUAUACUUUUCGAAGAUUGAGGUUAUACCAGAUCGGGGCUAUUGAUACAAUAGAUACAAAUUUCAGCCUGUUAGUUGAGCUGUUUGAAGGAAAGAAAUUCGAUAACAACAUCCACGAAAUCAUCAAUCCGGAGCAGUAUGAUUCAUCGAUGGAGAAUUAUUUAUGGGAAAGUGCCGGGAAAUUGUGUGCAAAUGAAAUCAAGCAAAAGAUUCUUGAUUAUCGAGUCAAGUUUCAUGGAUUACGAUUGGAAAAGGAAUUCCCGAUUCCAAUCAAAAACGUUUUUGUUUGUUUAUUCAAGAUGAUUGAUGUGUUAUUUAGGAACGAGUUUAUCACUGAGGAAACUUUACGAACCAUACAAGAACCAGAAAUUCAUCGGUUAGCUAGUCUUUACAACAUUGAUUAUAUCAAGGCAAAGUCUUUAUGACUUCAGUUCCUCUACAUAGCCGGUUUAUUGCCUUUCUUCCUAUUCGGUUUAUUUCUUCAGGAUGUUCAAUGUUCUUUUAUGCUCUGUCUACUUGGAUCAAAAACCAUUGGUGCAUA